AUGAUGUUAGUUGCCAAUUCUUGUCUAGCUGAACUUCUAAUUACAUGUGAUUUAUUUUGGAUGGCUAUAUUUGCAUUAGAAAAUGAUCUUAAACAACAACAAUAUAUGGAUUCAUUUUGUAUUUUUCGAGGCUAUGCAAUUUAUACCACAUGUUUUACUCAAAAUUAUUCGUAUUUUCUUCAAGCUAUAUAUCGGUAUAUGUCAAUUGUGCACCCAACUCGUUUAUUUUGGCGAUCAAAACGAGUUCAAAUUUUUUUCAUCGGUUUAAGUUGGUUCAUUGGAGUUAUAUGUGUUUUUCCACAUCUAUUUACCGGCAGAAUAGUCUAUCAUAGUGAUGAUCAAAUAUGUCAAAUGUCUCUUAAUCUUUCUGUCGUCACAGUUUAUAAUGUUGUUUUGCUCUAUUUAAUUCCUGUCAAUGGUACUAUCUUUAUAUAUUUCAAAUUAGUUCGAUAUGUUAAACAAAUGAGCACACACGUUACAUCAGCCAAUACUUUAUUACGUGCGCAACGAGAAUUAAAUAUGGUACAUCGAAUAGUGGUACUUGUAUCCCUUUUAGUAGCAUUUGGUUUACCUUAUGCAAUCUUUAUCUUUAUGGGUUUCUUUACUCAACCUCCAAAGUAUCAUUUUCGUAUUGCUUACACAUCGAUUAGUGUAUCAUUGAUCAUUAUUAUGAUAACUAUAUUUCAGAGUACAGAACCACUCAAAGCAUUUAUAAGCAGAAAAAUCAACCGGAGACCGAUCAUGACAGUACAAACAGCGGAAUAG